GACCACCAGUCCAGGACAGUUCUCAGCGUGUGCAAGGAAAGGUACUUAUCCACCACACGCAGCAGAUACGAAGCAAGCUUAUUAUCCUCUCCCUUGUCCCUUCGACCCAAAAGUCGGUUCGCAAUCCCACAGCCAGCAGCAUGUAGUGUACUGCAGGGCCACGCCUCAAUCUCCUGGAUGUCGAUUUAGUCGACACGUCGCCCCUCUCUGCCAUCCACGAAGCCAGUCAGACUCAUCCGCAUGGCUGCUCUCGCCCACCUCGCCGUUUCGUCACUGCUGCUGCUGGCAGUGGUAGUAACAGUACUAGCAGCGCCCCCCCAAUUCCACGGAGAGUCCCAGCUAGUGGCGCCCUUAUCCCGCGACUCCGAAUCCGAUGCGGAAGCCGCCAUGUAUAUCGUCCGCCUGCGCUCCGCGCCUCCCCUCGCCGCAUACCGCGGCGAUAUCGCCGGCUACCCGGCCAUCGCACCGGCCAGCCUUGACGGCGAUGGCGAUGGCGACGGCGAAAGUGAAGGGGCGCAACUCCCCGCAGUUCUAGUUCAGAAAGAGAAGGGAUGUUGGGAUGACUACUACUACUAGUAAUAGUAGUGGCGCUGGUAACCUGAGCAGCUUCACGUUAGGGAGUUUCGCGCCUGCGCGGGCGCGGUUGAGCAUGCGCGCGCCCCAUGUGCGCGCGUACGCGGACUUGCUGGCGCGGAUGCAGGCGGAAGUGGCGUCGGAAGUCGGUAUCGCGCCAGACAGUAUCGCGUACAGUUACAAGCACGUGAGCAACGGAUUCGCCGCGGUGCUCUCCCCCGCCCAACUCCGCCGCCUCGUCCGCCACUCCGCCGUCGCCUCCGCGCGUCCCAGCCGCCCCUUGCGCGCCGACACCACCGACUCCCCCGCCUUCCUGGGGCUCGUGGGACGCGCAGCCGCGGGCAGCGCCAGGGGCCGCGGAAGCGGGGGGAUGUGGCGCACGUUUGGGGGGCAGCAGAGGGCGGGGGAAGGGUGGAAUUUCAGCGCCAGUCGGCCGAAAGGAUGGUCGGGAUCGUGCGAUGCCACGUCAGAUUUUAAGUGCAACAACAAGAUCAUCGGGGCGAGGAUCUUCAACGCUGCAUUCAGAGCGAAGCACGGGAAGCCGGAUCUGGCCACAGAUUGGCUGUCGCCGCGAGAUGGAUUCGGACACGGCACGUGGUGUGCAGGCGCAGCAGCGGGCAACAGCGGCGUGCCCAUGGAGGGCGGCAGGGCGAGCGGCAUGGCGCCAGCAGCGCGCAUCGCGGCGUACAAGGUGUUCUGGUACGCGCAGGGCGCGCGCCCCGAGAUGCGCGGGCUGGGGGGGGAGACGGCGGACCUGCUGGCGGCGGUGAACCAGGGAGUGGCGGACGGGGUACAUGUGCUGUCGAUCUCUCUCUCAGCGGACGAUCCUGAGGCCACCUACUUUGACGACGUGCCCUAUAUGCAUGCCAACCUGGCAGGCGUGACGGUGGUGAUGUCAGCGGGCAACAACGGCGCUCCCCUGCACGGCCCCUGGGCACGUACCGCAGCGUCACCAACUUCUCGCCCUUCUACCUCACCGUCGGGGCCAGCUCCAUUCUCCGGGGAGGUGUAUCUCUCGCCUCCUCCCCUUCAUCUGACAGCAGCAGCAGCUCUGCUGAGUCAACACAGUCGCCAGCCCCCGCAGCAGCGUCCCCAUCCGCCGGCGCCGCUCCAGUCGUGGCGGACUUCUCGUCCUCAGGCCCCCUCCACCGCCCCUGGGCGCUCCCUCCCCAGGCCACCCCUCCAACAGCGUCUUAAAGCCCGACAUCAUCGGCCCAGGGGUGGACCUCUGGGCCGCAUGGGCAGGAACCGUUCCUGGAAAGGCAGGGGGGAGCGGAGGAGGGGGAGGGGGAGGGGAGGUAUCGCAGCUGUCGGGGACGUCGAUGGCGACGCCUCACCUGGCGGGCAUUGCUGCUCUCAUCAUGCAGAAGCGCCCCUUGUGGAGCCCGGCGCAGGUCAUGUCCGCCAUCUGCACCACCGCCACAACCAGGGAUACCAGGGGGGGACGUAUCCUCAAUGCUCGUGGUGCUGCCGCGUCUCCCUGGGAAAUGGGUUCAGGGCACGUUCUUCCGCCGAGGGUUCUAUAUCCAGGGCUGACUUACGAUGCCAGGGGAUGGGCUUAUGUUAAUUUCCUGGCAGGGCAGGAUUCUCGGGCAGCCAAAAAGGAGUUUCCAUGGGCGAAGUUGUAUCGCAGGAAGCCGUGGAAUUUGAACCGACCAACGAUUUCAGUGGCGAGGUUGAAAGGGACUGUGGAGGUGUUCAGAGUGGUUACGAGUGUUGCUGGUUCAACUUGCACAUACAGAGCAAGAGUGACGGAACCUCCAGGGAUCACAGUUUCAGUUCAGCCUGACCAUUUUACCAUUUCUCCAAGGGAGAGAUUCACAUACCGCAUGGUUUUGAAUGUCACCAGACCAUUCAAGGGCUUUCAGUUUGGAAGCAUUUUGUGGGAGGAUGGGAAAGGGCACGCAGUUAAUUCUGCUAUUGCUGUGCUUGCGGUCUCUAAAGGGAGGUAACACAUACUAAAUGGGUCUUGUGUAUUAUGCUUGUGCUAUAGUUCUAUCAUGCUCUUCUUGUAUAAUGCUAAGUUUGCUAAUAC